UGUUAUCUCAAGCACAGAGGCCCGCUCAAUUUUUUGAACAACAUCCGACUGACUUAUUACAAUGAUGAUUGUGCCACUAGUGUUCUAUUUAAUAAUUGCCCUAUUGUUAAGAGGCAAAAUUGCAGAUGCGGUUCGAGAUUUGCAGACAGAUAUCGCUUUGGAUAUGGAUCGGGAGAAUAACAGGUUUUUAUCCAGACAGCGCAGAUAUAUAAUGUUUCCUGAAGGAAGCUCGUUUCAGUUGGUGUUCUGCUUAACUUAUUCAUCGGUAGGGGUGGGUUCCUAUUUCGUUUUUGGGCACACAGCAGCUCUUGCUUAUGAGCUGCCAACCUCGAAAUUAUAUUACGAUCGGAGAGAUUUUGAGAAUAAAGAUGACGAUACGGGCGAGACAACGACAACAGAAAUGCCUGAAGUAUUUGAUAUUUCCGAUUUGGACCAUUCCCAUUCGGAAAAUGAACAAAUGGGCUCAGAAGAUCGUCUCUGGAGAGUCUCAGAUGAAAUGGAUAAGAAAUAUCCAAGAAACAAUUUUAUUGGCCCUGGCUAUUAUAGCAAUCCUUUGGCCGGUCCAUAUAAUAACAACAUUUGGAACUAUGGAAUUUCAAAAUUUAACAAUGUAUAUUCGAGAAAUUUCAAGCCACAUAGCUUCAAAAAUCCAGACAAUUAUCACCCUUAUCCUAGGUAUGAUUCGAGUAAAUCACACAUGUCAUUCAACAUGCAUCCGAAAUACCAUGAAGUUCACCGCAGAACGAGAAGAGAUUUAUAUAGAAAAUUGGAAGGUUUUUUAGCCACAAUAAAUUUGGAUGGAAAAGCCUGCGUUCUAAAAGCCAUUUGUGAGAUUCACACAGCACCUAGCAAGAAUCUAAAGGGAACGUUGGUUGAAGAAAUGUUUAAAGCUAUUUUCAAGUCCAAGCCUCACGAUAAUCAUACAGAUGAAGAUGAUUACGAUGCCGCUGCCAAUCCAAAACUGAAUUGUACUGAUGUGUUUAAGACCUGCCAAGGAUCUAUACGAAAUAUUCAGUUACUAACAAGAAAAUAAAUAUUAGGAAACGAAUCAAAUAUAAA